AUGUUCUGUUGUAUCCGACCUCAAAGUGCCUCUGUUCCGAACAAUAUGCUCCCGCCGACGCAAAGAGGCAAAAAUGAACCACUUCUAUCAACGAAUUCGACAAAUAAGGAUCUUCACUCAAAUUUGGUGGAUCUCGAGGAAAUUGUGACGAAUUGGGCUCGGGUUAUCUUCAAUACAACAAAAACGAAACAGGAGGGGAAAAUCAAGAAGAAAUAUCUCUCGUUCAACAUCAAUUGGACGAAACUGUUCCAAGAGUCGAUGGAACCGCAAUACUCGCCGGGAAUCGAUAAAACUUUGCGAAAAAUGCCUCUGGAAGAGAAAAUUCUCUUCAAAACGACUUUCACGAAUACGACGCAAAGAGAACAAGAAUAUUCAUUCAAAACCGAGAGAACGACAAGAUCCACGAGUACAAUCAUCAUUGAAAAAGGUGUUUGCCGUGGAGUGAAUCUUGAGCUGAAGUUGAAGACCCCGUGUGAGGUCGUUGAAGCGGGAGCUGGCUUCUCUUCAGAAGUUUCCCUUAAUCAUAUCGGAGAAAACUCGGUGGAAGAGGAGCUGAGUUGGGGUGUCGACUCGUGUGUGAAAGUGCCUCCAAACUCAGAAACGGUGGCCGAAUUGGUGGUUUUGGAGGAGCAAACGGUGCGCAAUUUCGUUAUCAAGAAUACACUUUUCGGGAAAGUGCUUGUCACUGUGACGAAUUUGAAAGAGAACAACUCGUUGAUCACGAUUCUCGAGGGAAAUAUAGCUGAUAUCAUUCGAGGACUUGGAGACUACGCAUCCAGGGGUUUCUCUUUCGAUAGCAAUACGGUUCUUUACGAUACUCGUGGACAGUGCAUUUUCCGGUACGGAGUCGAGCAAAAGGUGAAAAUCAAUGAAACGAGCAUCAAAAGCUAUCGA